AUGGCGACUCCGUCGCCUGAUUCAAUCUUCCUCGAAGACUUCGGCCAGACAGUCGACCUCACCCGCCGCAUCCGCGAGGUUCUACUCAAUUACCCCGAGGGAACAACUGUCCUUAAGGAACUCAUUCAGAACGCCGAUGACGCCGGUGCCACCACCGUUUCACUCUGUCUCGACCUCCGCUCCCACGGCCGCGAUUCUCUUCUCUCGGAUUCACUAUCGCAGUGGCAAGGACCCGCUCUUUUAGCCUACAACAAUGCUGUUUUCUCUGAAGAGGAUUUCGUUAGUAUCUCGAAAAUAGGCGGGAGUAGUAAGCACGGACAGGCUUCUAAAACCGGUCGCUUCGGGGUUGGCUUCAACUCAGUUUACCAUUUAACAGAUCUUCCUUCUUUUGUGAGUGGAAAAUACGUGGUAUUAUUUGAUCCUCAGGGUGUUUAUCUUCCAAGAGUUUCUGCAGCGAAUCCAGGGAAGCGGAUUGACUUCACCAGUUCAUCUGCCCUCUCCUUUUACAAGGAUCAGUUUUUCCCCUUUUGUGCGUUUGGUUGUGAUAUGCAGAGUCCUUUUGCUGGAACUUUGUUCCGUUUUCCUUUGAGGAAUGUAGAUCAGGCAGCCAAAAGUAAGCUUUCAAGGCAAGCAUAUUCACCAGAAGACAUCACCUCCAUGUUUGCUCAGCUCUUUGAAGAAGGAAUUUUGACACUUCUGUUUCUAAAGAGUGUGCUAUGCAUUGAAAUGUAUGUGUGGGAUGCUGGCAAACCUGAGCCAAAGAAAAUUCAUUCAUAUUCUGUUAGUUCAGUAACUAAUGAUACGGUUUGGCAUCGGCAGGCACUCCUCAGAUUGUCCAAGUGUUCGAAUACCCCAUCUGAACUGGAUGCAUUCCCAUUGGAAUUUGUAAGUGAGACAGUAAGUGGAGGAGAAACAGAGAGACAGACAGAGAGAUUUUAUGUGGUACAAACAAUGGCCUCAGCAUCCAGUAGGAUUGGCUCUUUUGCUACAACUGCAUCAAAAGAACAUGACAUUCACUUAAUGCCAUGGGCAUCAGUUGCAGCAUGCAUUUCUGAUGAUUCACCAAAUAACAAAGUUCUUAGGACUGGUCAGGCAUUCUGUUUUCUUCCACUACCCGUUAGAACUGGACUCAGUGUACAAGUCAAUGGUUUCUUUGAGGUAUCAUCAAAUCGUCGUGGCAUUUGGUAUGGGGAUGACAUGGACAGAAGCGGAAAAGUUCGUUCUAUCUGGAACAGGCUUCUUCUAGAAGACGUUGUGGUUCCUGCUUUUGUACAUAUGCUGCAUUGUGUAAAGGAAUUGUUAGGGCCAACAGACUUAUACUAUUCUUUAUGGCCUAUUGGUUCCUUUGAAGAGCCAUGGAGCAUUUUGGUUUACCAAAUAUACAAAAGUGUUUGUAAUGCUCCAGUUAUCUAUUCAGAAUUGAAUGGAGGAAGAUGGGUAUCACCGAGCGAAGCAUUUCUUCAUGAUGAAAAGUUCACCAAAAGCAAGGACCUUGGUUUGGCUCUCAUGCAAUUGGGAAUGCCAGUUGUGCAUUUGCCUGAUUCAUUAUUUGACAUGCUUUUAAAAAAUAGUACCAGCAAGGUGGUAACUCCUGGUACAGUACGUGAAUUUCUUAGGGAAUGUGAAACAUCUAAUUAUUUGAGCAGAUCAUACAAACUGCUAUUAUUGGAAUAUUGCCUUGAGGACCUGGUUGAUGAUGAUGUUGGUAAAGAGGCUUACAAUCUGCCCUUGCUUCCUUUAGCAAAUGGCAGUUUUGCAUCAUUUUUGGAAGCAUCAAAAGGAAAUUCAUACUUCAUUUGUGAUGAAUUAGAGUACAAGCUGCUGCAGCCUGUUUCGGACAGAGUGAUUGAUCGCAGCGUUCCUUCCAACAUAUUGAGUAGACUCUCUGGUGUUGCAAUGUCUUCAAAUACCAACCUUGCUCUUUUCAGUAUUCAAUAUUUUGUUCAGUUAUUCCCUGCAUUUAUGCCAGCUGACUGGAAAUAUAAAAGUAAAGUGUUCUGGGAUCCAGACUUGUGUCAAAAGCCAACAUUAUCAUGGUUUUUGCUAUUCUGGCAAUUUCUAGGAAAGCAUAAUGAAACAUUGCAACUAUUUAGUGAUUGGCCAAUUUUACCAUCCACGUCUGGAUUUCUUUUAAGACCUUCCAGACAAUUGAAAAUGAUAAAUGGAAGCAAUCUCUCAAAUGCAGUACAGGAUAUCCUUGUGAAAAUUGGAUGCAAUAUAUUGAAGUCAAGUUAUGUAGUUGAACAUCCGGAUUUAUUCAAUUAUGUAUCUGAUGGAAGUGCAUCAGGUGUCCUACAAUCGAUUUUUAAUGUAUUUUCAAGUGCUGAAAUUAUGCAAAUUUCACUUGACAGUCUGAUAGCUGAAGAACGAAAUGAACUCCGCAAAUUUCUUCUUGACCCUAAAUGGUAUGUUGGACACUCUAUGGAUGAAUUCAGCUCAAGGUUUUGCAGGAAAUUGCCUAUAUAUCAAGUCUAUGGCAGAGAGUCUGUUCAAGAUGGCCAAUUCUCUGACUUAGAAAAUCCUCGGAAGUACUUACCACCAUUGGAUGUGCCUGAGUUUAUUCUGGUGGACAUUGAUUUCAUCGUCAGAUCCUCAAGUAUUGAAGAGGAGGAUAUUCUGUCUAGGUAUUAUGGAGUUGAAAGAAUGGGGAAAGCAGAGUUUUACAAGGAGCAUGUUUUUCAUAGAGUUGGGGAGUUGCAAGCCGAGGUUCGUGAUAGCAUAAUGUUGUCCGUUCUACAAAAUUUGCCACUUUUGUCUCUUGAGGAUGUAUCUAUCAGGGACCUGUUGAGAAAUUUGAAAUUUAUUCCAACACUCACUGGGGCUCUUAAGUGUCCUUCAGUUUUAUAUGAUCCUAGUAAUGAGGAACUGUAUGCGUUACUAGAAGACUCAGAUAGUUUCCCUUGUGGUGCUUUCCGAGAAUAUGAUAUCCUUAAUAUUCUGCGUGGCCUGGGCCUUAGAACUUCAGUGUCUCCAGAAACUGUUCUAGAAAGUGCUCGAUGUAUCGCGCAUCUGAUGCAUGAGGAUCAACAAAAGGCAUAUUCAAAAGGGAAAGUACUUUUCUCUUACCUAGAAGUUAAUGCAUUGAAAUGGCUUCCUGAUCAAGUUGAUGGUAAUAAAGGAGGAGUUAACUGGAUGUUAUCACGAGCAGCAACUGCUUUUAGAUCUCGCAACUCAAAAUCUGAUCUUGAAAAAUUCUGGAAUGACCUUCGAUUGAUUUCCUGGUGCCCAGUUUUAGUCUCCCCUCCGCUUCACUCGUUACCAUGGCAGGUUGUUUCAUCAAUGGUUGCUCCUCCAAAACAUGUAAGGCCACCGAAUGAUUUAUGGUUAGUCUCAGCUAGCAUGCGGAUACUGGAUGGUGAAUGCUCUUCCACAGCUUUAUUGUAUAGUCUGGGAUGGAUGUCACCGCCAGGAGGAGGUGUAAUUGCUGCCCAAUUGCUAGAGCUUGGAAAAAAUAAUGAGAUUGUGACUGAUCAAGUUCUUAGGCAGGAAUUAGCCCUGGCAAUGCCAAGGAUAUACUCGAUACUGACAGGAAUGAUGGAUUCAGAUGAGAUUGAGAUUGUUAAGGUUGUUCUUGAAGGCUGUCGAUGGAUUUGGGUGGGAGACGGAUUUACAACCUCUGAUGAGGUUGUCCUUGAUGGUCCUCUUCAUUUGGCUCCAUAUAUACGAGUUAUACCAAUUGACUUGGCGGUUUUCAAAAAAUUGUUUCUUGAACUUGGCAUUCGGGAAUUCUUGCAACCUGCUGACUAUGCUAAUAUUCUCCAUAGGAUGGCAAAUAGAAAAGGCUCAUCUCCUCUGGACACACAGGAGAUUAGGGCUGUCACACUAAUAGUGCAUCAGCUAGCUGAAGCUUACCAUCAUGAACAAAAAGUUCAGCUCUAUCUUCCAGAUGUGUCAGGUAGACUAUUUCUUGCGGGUGACUUGGUUUAUAACGAUGCCCCCUGGUUGCUUGGCUCCGAAGAUCUUGAUGGCUCAUUUGGAAAUGCAUCAACUGUGCGUUGGAAUGCAAAAAGCACAGUUCAAAAAUUUGUGCAUGGAAACAUUUCUAAUGAUGUGGCAGAGAAGUUGGGCGUCUGUUCUCUUCGCAGGAUGUUGCUGGCUGAGAGUGCAGAUUCAAUGAAUUUUGGUCUAUCUGGAGCUGCUGAGGCUUUUGGACAGCAUGAGGCAUUGACAACGAGGCUUAAACAUAUUCUUGAAAUGUAUGCUGAUGGACCUGGGACUCUGUUUGAGCUAGUACAAAAUGCAGAAGAUGCUGGAGCUUCUGAAGUAAUAUUUCUUUUGGAUAAAUCUCAGUAUGGGACUUCUUCCAUUCUUUCUCCUGAAAUGGCUGAUUGGCAAGGUCCUGCUUUGUACUGCUUUAAUGACUCAGUUUUUAGUCCACAAGAUCUUUAUGCAAUUUCUCGUAUUGGUCAAGAAAGUAAACUUGAGAAGGCUUUUGCAAUAGGAAGAUUUGGUCUGGGAUUUAAUUGUGUCUAUCACUUUACAGACAUCCCUAUGUUUGUUUCUGGUGAAAAUAUAGUAAUGUUUGACCCUCAUGCCAGUAAUUUGCCUGGAAUAUCUCCUUCCCACCCUGGUUUACGAAUUAAGUUUGUAGGGCGGCAGAUUUUGGAGCAAUUUCCAGAUCAAUUUUCUUCAAUGUUGCAUUUUGGCUGUGACUUGCAACAGUCCUUUCCUGGUACUCUAUUCCGAUUCCCUCUUAGAACUGCAAGUGUUGCCUCCCGGAGUCAAAUUAAAAAGGAAGUUUAUACACCUGAAGAUGUCAGAUCUCUAUUUGCUGCUUUUUCAGCAGCUGUUUCCGAAACAUUACUUUUCUUGCAUAAUGUGAAAUCUAUCUCUAUUUUUGUGAAGGAAGGAACAGGAGAUGAAAUGCACCUACUGCACCGUAUACGCAGAACCUGUAUUGGUGAGGCUGAAAUUGAAUCUACUGAAGCCAAGGACGCGUUCAACUUUUUCAAGGAAAAUAGACGUGUUGGAAUGAAUAGAGUCCAGUUUCUGAAGAAACUAAGCCAAUCCAUUGGCCGAGAUUUGCCUUAUAAAUGCCAAACAAUCCUGAUUACAGAGCAAGGGAUAUCUGGUCACCAUUUGCACAAAUGGAUGAUCACAGAAUGUUUAGGCGGUGGGAAUGUUCGUAAGGGCACAUCUGAGGCAUCCAAUAGCAAUUGUUACAAUUUUGUUCCUUGGGCAUGUGUUGCUGCACAUUUGAAUUCUGUUAAGCUUGGUGGGGACCUACUUGAUAGUUCAGAGGUGGAGGGUGAUUGUGUAGUUUCUCCUGAUCUUUUUCAAAUUGCUAGUUUGCCUACACAUCAACUGGAAAAUUUUGAAGGUCGUGCAUUCUGUUUUUUACCUUUACCGAUCAAUACUAGUCUUCCUGCUCAUGUAAAUGCAUACUUUGAAUUAUCAUCAAAUCGCAGGGAUAUCUGGUUUGGUUCUGAUAUGACAGGGGAUGGAAGAAAGCGGUCAGAUUGGAAUAUAUACCUCCUUGAAAAUGUUGUUGCUCCUGCCUAUGGUCGUUUGCUUGAGAAGGUAGCACUGGAAAUUGGCCCUUGCAAUUUAUUCUUCUCAUUAUGGCCGACAACAUUAAGCUUAGAACCUUGGGCAUCAGUAGUACGGAAACUAUAUCAAUUUGUUGCUGAAUUUGAUCUCCGUUUAUUAUACACCGAAGCUAGAGGAGGUCAGUGGAUUUCAACCAAAUAUGCUAUAUUUCCCGAUUUUACUUUCCCCAAAGCAGCUGAACUUAUAAAAGCGUUGUCUGGUGCUUCUCUACCUGUCAUUUCACUUCCACAGUCACUUUUAGAAAAGUUUAUGGAAAUAUGCCCAUCGUUGUAUUUUCUGAAACCUAAGCUAUUAAGGACUUUGUUAAUCAAAAGGAAACGUGAAUUUAAGGACAGGGAUGCAAUGAUUUUGACGCUUGAAUAUUGCUUAUAUGACUUGCAAGAAUCUAUGCAGUUUGAUGCACUCUUUGGCCUGCCGUUGUUGCCACUCGCAGAUGGUUCCUUUACAUUAAUUGAUAAGAAGGGGGUUGGAGAAAGAGUUUACAUUGCACGUGGUGAUGAAUAUGGCCUUCUCAAAGAUUCUCUUCCUCAUCAACUUGUAAUUAAUGCUAUUCCAGAAGAAGUUCAUAAAAAACUUUGUUACAUUGCCCAAACAGAUAGCACAAAUAUUUCUUUCUUGUCAUGCCAUUUGCUUGAGAAACUUCUAGUGAAAUUACUUCCUGUAGAGUGGCAACAUGCUUCACAAGUAAGUUGGACUCCUGGUAUUCAUGGCCAACCAAGUUUAGAAUGGUUGCAACUGCUAUGGAAUUAUCUGAAAGCAUAUUGUGAGGACCUUUUAAUUUUUUCUAAGUGGCCUAUAUUGCCUGUUGGCAAUGAUUGCUUGAUGCAGUUAACACCAAAUUCAAAUGUGAUAAAAAAUGAUGGUUGGAGUGAGAAAAUAUCUUCUUUAUUGUUGAAGGUUGGAUGUUUAUUCUUGAGGCAGCACCUGCAAGUAGAGCACCCUGAAUUGGAAUGCUUUGUCCAAUCACCUACAGCAAGAGGUGUAUUAAAUGUUUUUCUGGCUAUUGCUGGGGAGCCACAGAAGAUUGAAGGGAUUUUUACACAUGUAUCUGAAGGAGAGCUGCAUGAACUUCGGAGCUAUAUCCUCCAGUCAAAAUGGUUUUCUGAAGAGCAAAUUGAUAGCACACAUAUUGAAAUCAUCAAACAUCUUCCUAUAUUUGAGUCAUACCAAAACAGAAAACUUGUAAAUUUGGUUAAUCCUAUCAAAUGGCUUGGUCCUACUGGUGUUCGCGAAGUUCUUUUAAGGGAUAGCUUUAUAAGAAUUGAAUCAGAAAUGGAAGGGGUCAUCAUGAGAAGGUAUUUAGGGAUAAAAGAACCAACAAAAAUGGAAUUCUUCAAAGAUCACAUAUUCAAUCAUAUGUCAGAGUUCCUUUUGAACCAGGAAUUUGUGACAUCCAUUCUGAAUGAUGUUCAGGAUUUGAUCAAAGAGGAUAUCUCUCUCAAGUCUUCACUUUCUGCUGUACCAUUUGUUCUGGCAGCCAAUGGAUCUUGGCAACAACCAUCUAGGCUUUAUGAUCCUCGGGUUCCUGAGCUUAAAAAGAUGCUGCAUACAGAUGCUUUUUUUCCCUCUGAAAAAUUUUUAGAUCCAGAAAUUUUGGAUACUUUAGUUAGCCUUGGACUUAGGACCAGUAUGGGAUUUUCUGGUUUGCUUGAUUGUGCUAGAUCAGUUAGCUUGCUGCACGAUUCUGGGGACACUGAAGCCUUCAAGAAUGGUAGAGAGUUAUUGGGGUUUUUAGAUACAUUGUCGCGUAAACUCUCAAAUAAAGGAGAAAGUAAGAAUGGUGAUGAGUGGAUUGACAUGGCUGUGGGAAGCAGCAACAUAAUGGAUGAUGCUGUUCUAUGUGAUGGCUCUUGUGAAAAUGAGAGCUCCACAAAUGAUAUCAAUUCAUUUAUUAGCAGCUCUAUUCUUGACAUGCCAGAAGAAGAAUUUUGGUCUGAAUUGAAGCUAAUCUCUUGGUGUCCAGUUAUUUCUGAUCCACCUGUUAGGGGACUUCCUUGGUUACAAUCCAGUAACCAAGUAGCAUCCCCUACAAUUGUGAGGCCUAAAUCACAGAUGUGGAUGGUAUCUUCAUCAAUGCUCAUAUUAGAUGGCGAAUGUGAUGAGAUAUAUCUACAAACAAAACUUGGGUGGAUGGAUUGCCCAAAUGUAAGUGUUUUAUCAAAACAAAUAAUUGAGCUAUCUAAGUCCUAUACACAGCUGAAGACACAUUCAUUGCUGGAUUCUGAUUUUGAUGCUCACUUGCAAAAGGAAAUACCCUGCCUUUAUUCAAAAUUGCAAGAAUAUAUUAAUAAUGAUGAUUUCAUUGAACUGAAAGCAAGGUUAGAUGGUGUUUCUUGGAUCUGGAUUGGUGAUGAUUUUGUAUCCCCAAAUGCACUUGCAUUUGAUUCACCAGUAAAAUUUACUCCUUACUUAUAUGUGGUUCCAUCUGAACUGUCAGAGUAUAAAGAUUUGUUGAUAAAGUUAGGAGUCAAAUUGAGUUUUGGUAUUUCAGACUAUCUUCAUGUGCUACAGAAGUUGCAGAAUGAUGUGCAUGGAGUUCCUCUUUCAAAAGAUCAGUUAAAUUUUGUCCGCUGUGUUCUUGAAGCUAUACAAGAAUGUUGCCCGGAGAAGUCACAUUUUGAUCCUUUUGGCAGUCCCUUGUUAAUUCCUGAUGCUUUUGGAGUGCUUAUGUCUUCAGAAGAUCUUGUAUACAACGAUGCACCUUGGCUGGAAAACAAUUCUCUUGUUGGGAGACAUUUUGUGCAUCCAUGCAUCAGCAAUGAUUUGGCAGAAAGGCUGGGAGUACAGUCAGUUCGUUGCCUCUCUUUAGUCAGUGAAGAUAUGACUAAAAAUCUGCCGUGCAUGGACUACAAUAAAAUAAAUGAACUUUUGGCUCUGUAUGGAAACAGUGAAUUUUUGUUGUUUGACCUUCUUGAGUUGGCAGAUUGCUGCAAAGCCAAGAAGUUACACCUAGUUUAUGAUAAGAGGGAACAUUCUCGCCAGUCUUUGCUUCAGCACAAUUUAGGUGAAUUCCAAGGGCCUGCUCUUGUAGCAAUUUUUGAAGGUGCUUGCUUGAGUCUAGAGGAAUUUAGUAGUCUCCAGCUCCUUCCUCCAUGGAGAUUACGUGGCAACACUGUUAAUUAUGGUUUGGGAUUGGUUUGUUGCUAUUCAGUAUGCGACCUUCUCUCAGUUGUAUCUGGUGGUUACUUUUAUAUGUUUGAUCCUCGUGGUUUGGUACUUGCUGGAGCUUCAACUAAUGCCCCAUCAGCAAAGAUGUUUUCUUUGAUAGGUACUGAUCUGAAACAACGAUUUCAUGAUCAGUUUAGUCCAAUGCUUAUCGAUCAGAAUGACCUAUGGUCAUUAUCUGAUUCUACUAUUAUUCGGAUGCCUCUAUCCUCCGAUUGCUUGAAGGUUGGAUCUGACUUGGGGGCCAACCGAGUAAAACAUAUUACUGACAUAUUCAUGGAGCAUGGAUCUAGAGCACUCUUAUUUCUGAAGUCAGUAUUGGAGGUAUCAAUAUCAACAUGGGAGGAAGGACAAUCACAUCCAUGCCAGAAUUUUUCAAUUAGCAUUGAUCCAUCCUCUUCUAUCAUGAGGAAUCCAUUUUCAGAAAAGAAAUGGAGGAAGUUCCAAUUAUCAAGACUAUUUAGCAGUUCUAAUGCUGCAAUUAAGAUGCAUGUAAUAGACGUGAAUUUAUGUUCAGAAGGAACUACAUUCAUUGAUCGAUGGCUUCUUGCACUCACCUUGGGUUCUGGGCAAACAAGAAAUAUGGCACUAGAUAGACGAUAUCUUGCUUACAACUUGACUCCUGUUGCCGGAAUAGCAGCACUUAUAUCAAGAAAUGGCCAUCAUACGAAUAUAUACUCAACUAGCUCAAUUAUGACUCCUCUUCCUUUGUCUGGUCAUAUAAACUUGCCUGUGACUGUCUUUGGUUGUUUCCUUGUAUGUCACAACAAAGGCCGCUAUCUUUUUAAAUACCAAGACAAGGGUGCUUCAGCUGAAGGAAACUUUGAUGCUGGAAAUCAGUUAAUUGAAUCAUGGAACAGAGAGCUCAUGUCCUGUGUAUGUGAUUCCUAUGUUGAAAUGGUUUUGGAAGUUCAAAAGCUGAGAAGGGAUGCUUCAAGUUCUAUAAUUGAUUCUAGUACUCGUCCAAUCAAUCAAUCUCUGAAGGCUUCUGGAGAUCAAAUCUACUCCUUCUGGCCUCGUUCUUCUGAGAGGGAAGUUCCAAAUGAUCAAUUUGAUGGCCACAGUAACAUCCCUUCAAGUUCAACUACAGUUCUUAAAGCUGACUGGAAAUGCCUUAAAGAACGGGUAAUACAUCCAUUUUAUUCUCGAAUUGUUGACCUUCCAGUAUGGCAGCUGUACUCAGGAAAUUUAGUCAAGGCUGAAGAAGGCAUGUUUCUUUCACAGCCUGGGAAUGGAAUAGUUGGUAGUUUACUUCCAGCUACAGUUUGCAGCUUUGUAAAGGAGCAUUAUCCUGUAUUUUCAGUUCCAUGGGAAUUGGUGACUGAAAUUCAAGCUGUGGGUUUUUCAGUGCGUGAAAUUAGACCUAAAAUGGUUCGGGAUCUCCUAAAAGUUUCUUCAAAAUCAAUCAAUCUUCGAUCAGUUGACAUGUAUAUAGAUGUUAUUGAGUACUGCUUAUCAGAUUUUCGGCAAACAGGGCCGUCCAGUUUGCCCAGAGAUACCGUGGCAGUUGAUCUAGCUAGUACUAAUGUUUUGUUUCCAGAAACUGCUGUCAGAAGCACUUCUCAGCUGGAAUCUAAUACCCACAGCUCCACUGGCAUACCCACUCAGGGUGCAGCCAGUUCUGCAGAUGCAUUGGAAAUGGUGACAAGUUUAGGAAAGGCUUUAUUCGAUUUUGGACGGGGUGUUGUUGAUGAUAUUGGUAGAGCAGGAGCACCAUCGGCUUACAGGAAUUAUGUGACAGGGGUAAGUCAAACUAGGGACAUCCAGUUAAUUUCGUUUGCGGCGGAACUCAAAGGUUUACCAUGUCCAACUGCCACCGGCCAUUUAAAGAAAUUGGGUGUAACUGAACUUUGGAUUGGGAAUAAGGAACAGCAGUCAUUAAUGGUUCCCUUGGGAGAAAAAUUUGUUCAUCCUAAAAUGUUAGACCGACAGCUCUUGCGUGACAUUUUUUCUAACAUAUCCCUUCAAGCACUAUUGAAACUGCAGAACUUCUCUCUUAAUCUGCUGGCCCAUCACAUGAAGCUAAUUUUCCACGAAGAUUGGGUGAACCAUGUAAUGGGAACAAAUUCGACUCCAUGGCUUUCAUGGGAGAAACAGCCUGGUUCUGGCAGUCAGGGGGGUCCUUCCUCUGAUUGGGUUAGAAUAUUCUGGAAAAGUUUUAAGGGCUCUCAAGAUGAAUUAUCUCUUUUCUCUGAUUGGCCCCUAAUUCCUGCUUUUCUUGGUAGGCCAGUCUUAUGUCGUGUUAGAGAACGACAUUUGGUCUUCAUUCCUCCUCCUUUGGAGCAUACAACAUCCACUACUAGGAUUAUAGAAAGAGAAUCAACUGAUGUGAGUGGGGUUGGUGUAUCUAGGGAUAAUAACUCCGAAUCUGAGUUAGCUGAGUCCUACGUUUCAGCUUUUGAAAAACUCCAAACUAAUUACCCUUGGUUAUUGCCAAUGUUAAACCAGUGUAACAUACCCAUAUUUGAUGAGGCAUUUAUAGAUUGCGCUGCUUCGAGCAAUUGUUUUCCUAUUCCUGGGAGAUCACUAGGACUAGCUAUUGCAUCCAAACUUGUAGCAGUAAAGCAAGCUGGAUAUUUCACUGAACCCACUAACUUCUCAUCUUCAAACUGUGAUGCACUUUUUUCACUUUUUUCGGAUGAAUUCUUUUCGAAUGGCUUCCGUUAUGCACAGGAAGAAAUUGAAGUUUUGCGUUCUCUCCCUAUAUAUAAAACAGUUGUUGGUUCUCAUACUAAGUUACAAGGUCAAGAUCAGUGUAUGAUCCCUUCAAAUUCAUUUUUUAAACCAUAUGACGAGCAUUGUCUUUCUUAUGCGACUGAUUCAAUUGAAAGUUCAUUUGUUCGAGCCCUUGGGGUACUAGAGUUGCAUGAUCAACAGAUCUUAGUACGGUUUGGCUUGCCCCACUUUGAAAGGAAGCCUCAGAAUAUGCAAGAGGAAAUAUUAGUGUACGUUUUUAAAAAUUGGCACGAUCUUCAAUCAGAUCAAUCUGUUGUUGAAGCUUUGAAAGAGACUAAAUUUGUUAGAAACUCUGAUGAGUUUUCAACAGAGCUGUUGAAGCCCAUGGAACUAUUUGAUCCCGGUGAUGCUUUAUUGAUAUCUAUUUUCUUUGGUGAAAGAAAAAAAUUUCCUGGGGAAAGGUUUAGCACUGAAGGUUGGAUUCGAAUAUUAAGGAAACUUGGCCUUCGAACUGCUAGUGACGUAGAUGUAAUUAUGGAAUGUGCCAAAAGAGUUGAGUUUCUUGGAGUUGAGUGCAUGAAAUCAGGUGACUUGGAUGAUUUUGGGGCAGAAACGGCCAACUCUCGUCCUGAAGUUUCCCCAGAAGUAUGGGCAUUGGGAGGAUCUGUAGUUGAAUUUGUUUUCUCUAACUUUGCUCUCUUUUUUAGCAACAACUUCUGUGACCUUCUUGGCAAGAUCGCAUGUGUACCUGCUGAACUGGGGUUUCCAAGUGUUGGUUGCAAGAGGGUGCUUGCUUCAUAUAGUGAAGCUAUUUUAUCUAAAGAUUGGCCUCUGGCUUGGAGUUGUGCUCCCAUUCUAUGUAGACAAUAUACUAUGCCUCCAGAGUACUCUUGGGGAGCUCUCCAUCUGCGCAGCCCUCCAGCUUUUUCCACAGUUUUGAAGCACUUGCAAGUGAUUGGAAAAAAUGGAGGUGAAGACACUCUUGCUCAUUGGCCUAUUGUUUCAGGAUUGGACAUUGAAAAGUGUACCUGUGAGAUUCUAAAAUAUUUGGACAAAAUCUGGGGUUCCCUUUCUCCUUCAGAUGUUGCAGAGCUAAGGGGGGUGGCCUUUCUGCCUGCUGCAAAUGGAACACGCUUAGUGACCGCCGAUGCUCUUUUUGCUCGUUUGAUGAUUAAUUUGUCUCCAUUUGCUUUUGAACUUCCGGCUGUAUAUCUCCCAUUUGCAAAGAUACUUAAAGAUUUAGGACUCCAAGAUGUGCUAACACUGUCUGCUGCAAAAGAUCUUCUCUUAAAUCUUCAGAAAGCUUGUGGGUAUCAGCAUUUAAAUCCCAAUGAGCUCCGCGCUGUGAUGGAAAUUUUGAAUUUUAUUUGCGAUCAAAUUGAUGAGGGUAACCCAUUUGAUGGUUAUGAUUGGAAAUCAGAAGUCAUAGUUCCUGACGAUGGCUGCAGGCUUGUUCAUUCCACAUCCUGUGUCUAUGUUGAUUCUGAUGGCUCUCGCUAUGUCAAAUGUAUUAAUACUUCUAGAAUUAGAUUUGUCCAUGCAGAUCUUCCUGAGAGAGUAUGUAUUGUCCUGGGUAUUAAAAAAUUGUCAGAUGUCGUCAUCGAGGAACUAGAUGAGAAUCAGAUACUUCAGACUUUGGGAUCUGUGGGGUCUGUUUCACUAGUGACCAUCAAACAGAAGUUAUCAAGCAAAUCUCUUCAAAGUGCUGUAUGGACUGUUGUUAAUAGUAUGGGGAGUUACAUUCCCGCAUUGAAUAGGUUUUCAUCGGAAGAAAUAGAAAGCUUAUUGACGUCUAUUGCAGAAAAGCUGCAAUUUGUUAAAUACCUCAAAACAAGGUUUUUGCUCUUGCCGAAUUUAGUAGAUGUUACAUGUGCAUCCAAAGAUUUCAUUAUCCCAGAGUGGAAUAAUGAAUCUGCUCAUCAAACUCUCUAUUAUAUGAACCAAACAAGAUCCUGUAUUCUAAUUGCUGAACCACCAUCAUAUAUUUCCCUUUUCGAUCUCAUUUCUAUAAUUGUCAGCCAGGUAUUGGGCUCUCCUAUCAUAUUGCCUAUUGGAUCCUUAUUUGAUUGUCCAGAAGGAUUUGAGAAUGCAGUUGUUAAUAUUUUAAAACUUUGCUCGGACAAGAAAGAAGUUGAAUCCAUGAAUGGAAGUAGCAAUAUGGUUGGCAAAGAUGUAUUGCCACAAGAUGCUCGUCUUGUGCAGUUCCAUCCAUUGAGGCCGUUUUAUUCUGGGGAAAUAGUUGCAUGGCGAUCUCAACAUGGAGAAAAACUGAAAUAUGGCAGGGUUUCUGAGGAUGUCAGACCACCAGCAGGUCAAGCAGCUCUGUAUAGAUUUAAGAUUGAAGUUGCACCAGGGGUUACAGAAGCUUUCCUUUCAUCUCAAGUAUUUUCAUUUAAAAGUGUAUCAGCAAGCAGUCCCCUGAAAGAAACAUCGGUGCAUGAUAGCCCCGUAUUAGAAAGUAACAGGUCCCGCGUCGAUUUCCCAGAAAGUUCAGGAAGGGGGGAACUCAACUCUCAGGUGCCAUCUUUGAGAGAGCAGUCUGGCAAAGUUUCUGCUGCGGAACUGGUACAUGCUGUAAAUGAAAUUCUCUCUGCUGCUGGGAUCAAUAUGGAUGCUGAGAAGCAGGCUCUACUUCAAAAAACAGUAGAUUUGCAAGAAAAUCUGAAAGAAUCACAGGCAGCACUACUGUUGGAGCAGGAAAAGGUUGAACGAUCAAUAAAAGAGGCUGAUACAGCAAAAGCGGCAUGGACCUGUCGGGUUUGUCUGAGUUAUGAGGUUGAUAUAACAUUAGUUCCUUGUGGUCAUGUGUUGUGCCGGAAAUGUUCUUCUGCAGUAUCAAAGUGUCCCUUUUGUCGGCUUCAAGUUACAAAAGCUAUCAGAAUUUUUCGUCCAUAG